AUGCCACUGUUCUAUUACACCCCCAUUGUCAUCUUGGCUGCAAUUAUUAUAACAGCAGUUAUUGGCCUAAUUGAUUAUCAAGCUGCUUUCCGGUUAUGGAAAGUUGACAAGCUCGACUUCUUGGCUUGCUUGUGUUCAUUUUUUGGUGUUCUUUUCAUCUCAGUGCCUCUCGGCCUAGCCAUAGCAGUUGGAGUUUCGGUUUUUAAGAUCCUCUUGCAUGUAACAAGGCCAAAUACUAGUGUCCUGGGCAAUAUUCCUGGAACUCAAGUAUAUCAAAACUUAAGCAGAUAUAGAACAGCUGUUAGAAUUCCUUCUUUCCUUAUCCUCGCUGUUGAGGCUCCUAUCUACUUUGCAAAUUCUACCUACCUAAAAGAGAGGAUAUUGAGAUGGAUUCGCGAAGAGGAAGAGUGGAUAGUAUCCAACAAAGAAACUGCAAUCAAAUGUGUAAUUAUCGACAUGACAGCUGUGUCGUCCAUAGACUCAAGUGGUAUCGACACAAUAUGUGAACUAAGAAAGACACUGAAUAAACGAUCUCUUAAGCUUGUGCUGGCAAAUCCAGUUGGGAAUGUUAUGGAAAAGCUGCAUCAAUCUAGCACUCUUGAGGCCUUUGGAUUAAAUGGAAUAUAUCUAACAGUUUCUGAAGCUGUGGCUGAUAUCUCAUCUUUGUGGAAGUCUGAACCUGAAUCAAAUAUAUAAGGUUUUGAUUGCUUUCAAAUCUCAAAGUCAAUAAAUGAAGAGGAAGUAUUCGCGCUUCGAAAAUUGGACGAUAUGUAGCAAGUCAUGAUAGUUCCACAGCUCAAAGUGUUGGAACUGUUUACAAUAUCAAAUCCUUAGUUGAAGUUUUGUAUAUUAGAUUAGCUGAAAUUUGCAACAAAGUGUAUGAAUUUCAAUUCACUGUAAGCCUAUUUUCCCACUUAACUAUGUAGCCAGUCUUUUCUUAACUCGGUCCAAGCAAUGCCUAAAGGUCCAAUGUCUUUCUUA